CCUAAUUCAACCAUUAACUUGUUUAAUUUCUCAUCAAUCUUCUUCUUCUUCUUCGCUUCAACCUUCCAAGUAUAUAAUUCUUGCAAUCACAUGCUCUCUCUGUACUAAAGCUCCCUGUUGGCCCGUCUCCUGAGAUUUUCAAAUUCCAGAGAUCUGAGCGAUGGCAGGAGGGAACCCUUCAAAGCCUCCACCUUCCUCCUCAGCCAAUCCACAGCAACAGCAACCGCCGCCAGCCAAUCCCGGAAAGCACCGCCAACCCAAGGAUUCCAAACCCUCCGGUUCCGGUUUAGCCGAUAGUAAACCAAAGCCUUCUCCCAAACCCGGUAAAGAAACCGCGCCUUCGACGGCGAAUGCAAAUAAACCGCCGACCCCUAAGACCAGAUCCAUUUUCCGUCCGCCGAAUCCUGACCUAGAAAGCCGAUCUGCUUUGCCUCCGUUUCCCUUCAAGGACCCUCCCCCUCCUCCUACAUAUGGGUUUCAUAUGCUCGAUCGGAGAACCAUCGCGCUUGCAGAUGGUUCGGCCAGGCCUUACUACGCUUUGCCUUCUAAUUAUCAGGAUUUCCCACAGUUCCCUCCUAGGGAUAUCCGUAGCUCAGGGUUAGGGUUUGAUAGACAGUUUCCAAUGAGCCCGGAUUUCCGACCGGAGUUCCGGAACCGGGAGAAUCCGUUAAUGUGGAACAGGAAUCCGGACUCUUGGAAUUCGGUAGGGUUAGAUGGGCCGGGUAGUGGCCCCGUGGUCGGUCCUGGUGUGUAUGACAAUCCAAUGAAGAGAAAAUUAGGGGAAGACCCUAGGGAAGUCCAUGGUCUGCUUGAGAGGCAAAGGCCCCAGCUUUUGCAGCAUGGCAAUACGAGCAACUCUCAGGGGAUUAGUGAUUUGAAUAGGAGAGAUUUAGUGGAAACUAGGCCUGCCAAGUAUAUGAGAUCUAUUGAGGCUAAUGUAGGUCCCCUUAAGCAUCACAGUGUUGAUCAAAACGCCUUAAAGAAGGCAUUUUUGCACCAUGUUAAGGUUCUUUAUGAAAACACAAACCAGAAGGGCCGGUAUUUGGCGGAUGGGAAGCAAGGUCGUCUUCAGUGUGCAGUCUGUGGCAGUGCUUCCAAAGAUUUCCCUGACACGCAUAGCCUGAUUAUGCACGCGUACGAUUCAAACAGUGCUAAUUCAACCGUGGAUCAUUUGGGCUAUCAGAAGGCGUUGUGCGUUUUGAUGGGAUGGAACUAUUUGAUUCCUCCGGAUAAUUCAAAGUCAUACCAGAUGUUAUCUCCGGACGAAGCGUAUGCUAACCAGAAUGACUUGAUCAUGUGGCCCCCACUGGUGAUAAUCCAUAACACAAUGACAGGGAAGCGUUCUGACGGGCGCACUGAGGGUUUGGGUAAUAAAGCAAUGGAUAGUUACCUUAGAGAUAUUGGUUUUCACGGGGGGAAGUCAAAAGCAUUGUAUAGCAGAGAAGGUCAUAUGGGAGUUACUGUUGUGAAGUUUUCCGGCGAUGAGGCCGGUUUGAAGGAGGCUGUGAGACUGGCAGAAUACUUUCUCAGAGACAACCGUGGGCAGAAUGGGUGGGCCCGCGUGCACCCGUUUACUAGUUCGGGUGGGAAGGAGGAAGAAAACAAUCCGGACCUUGUGAGGAUUGAUCCGCGGACAAGGGAGAAGCGGAGAGUGUUCUAUGGGUAUCUGGCAACCGUUUCCGACAUGGAAAAGGUUGAUUUCGAGACCAGGAAGAAGGUUUCUGUUGAGAGCAGAAGAGAGUUCCAGUCUUCUUCCUGAUAACAUAAAAAACCACCAUUAAUGGUAACUCUUCUUCUAGCUAGGUUUUAUCUCCAUUUGCUUCCAUCUCUUUGUGUCUUAAAAAGUUUCACUUGAUCCAGAGCUUGCCUUUUCCAUGUUGCAUAAACAUAUUUGAUGAUCUUUUAAUGGGACAUACCCAUGAUUGAACUCUUAGGGUAAUAUGGUUUACAUAAUGUAAGAUUAAACUGCUUGGUUAAUG